CCAGUUAUGAGAUAAGGGGUUUCUGCUAUCAUCUCAGCUUUACCCCGCCUCAUCUCAGCCGCACGCAUGCAACAUUUACCGCCUACUGAAAUCACCCGAGAACUUGUCAGCAGAAGUAAUCUUGCAGCUCAGGUGUAUUUCCAAGCCCAAAAAUGUCAUGGCCAUAUCACCUAGUCCGAAUACUGACUCAGGCCGUCAAAGUCUUCUUUUGGACACGGUCGGGACGAUCCUAGAAGUCGCGGCACUCGCUCGCCUGCACGAAGUCAGUCCUGAGGUAAAGGUCUUCUACAGUCAUUUGAGCUACCACUGCUUCCGGCUACAAGAAAGCCUCACGAAAGCGCGACAAAACUCAUCAUGCCUCAAUAACGAUUACCUCGACCAAGCCAUCUCUCACUUAGGGCUGUUGAUACCAGAAAGCGGCUUAGACGAGUUUCCGGCUUACUCUGUGACUCUUGAGUUUCGACUUAAGAUGUUGAGCCUUUUAUGGAAUGAGACACGAAUACAAGCAGAUGACACGAAGUUGGGCUUCAUUCAUCGCUGGUUGAGGCAAGACAUUACGGAAGAAGACAUGUCACAGGUGGAUCAAGGGCUUGAGAAAUGCGCUGAUGGCCUGGAGAAGCAGCAGCCCGAGUUAUCAGUCCAGAAGGCGUCCAGUGAUUUCGCGGCUCUAAACAUUGUCGAACCACCCUUUGCAGUUUGGAAAGCCGCAAAGUCCAUUUUCGAUGCUCUUCUAGAGUGCAGAAGCUGCUCGUGUCCUUCACAACACGACUUCAAGGCCAAGCUCGAGUUAGGGACAUAUCGUUCGCCUGAGAAGAAGCCAGUUCUGAAAUCCAGUCGAAGACCUAAUCGGAGGCACGAUGUGGAUGGUGAGACAGGCGAUCUUGAGAUGGAUAUGUUCUUAUCUAUGGAGCAUGACUGGCACGAGUUCAGAAUUCAGGCGGCCAGGGAAAGAAUUGUCCGCUUCAGUGGCCACGAAGAGACGAGCUCAUGCCGAGAGAAAAAGCAUUAUAGUAGCAGCAAAAGAAUAGAGAGGCUAUGUAAGCCAAUCAUCGAGAUACGGACACGACCUUUGCAGCGUCUUCUUGUACGGCUCAAGAGCGGUCAGCUGUUUGAAGUACGACCGGAGAAGAGCAAUUUCCAGAUCGACAAAACCACAGAGCCUAUAUCACUGUCGGGAUGUUUUGAUGAGAAGAAAGACUUUUUUACGGAGAAAACGAAGCGGAUUCUCUCUCUUAUCAUUGGCUAUACGGUACUGCAUCUUUACGGUACGUCAUGGCUACAGCCUGGUUGGGGCUCUUCGAACAUCAAGUUCUUCCAGACUACAGCAUGCAAAACACCGCUGAGGCCAUUCAUCGAAGCCCAGUUACGUAAGACACAGAGUCCCCAUGAAUAUGACGGUGAAUCGGCUGGAGAGCUCGAUUCGGGUCACAGCUGUCCCGAAAUGGUCGCUCUGGCAGUCGUCUUGAUGGAAGUAUACUUUGUCAAACCCUUUAAACAACUUGCCGAAAUGCAUGAUAUUCCUCUCAUCGAGACUGACAGUGGUCGUGUCACCCUCAUGGACGUGGAUCAGGUCUUCUGGGGCGAUGAAGAAGGAGAGGAGGGCUGGCGAUCUCAGAUCCCGGAGGACUCCCCUUUACUGGAGGCUAUCGACAACUGUCUAGAUGGAGAGCUAUGGGAGGACACCGAAGGAGGACUCUUGGGUGCUGAGGAGCUCAGAACUCGGAUAUACCAGAAGGUUGUUCGACCACUGGAACUGCACCUGACGCAUGGCUUCAGUCAGAUCCAGCUUGAUGGAGUCGACCAAUAUGCUAAGAGUCUGGACUUUGGAAAAUGGGGCCAGGUCAUUACCACAAAAGAGACAGACCAAUCACUUCUUUUAUCCCCGGGGCAAACAACGAGCCGCAUUCCAUCUCCAGCCUUUUUACUGGCACAAAGCCAGUUUGAUAUCAACGCCAAAGCUCACCAAUCGAUACAACAAUUCUCACAGCUUCAGUCACUGAUUCCCUAUUCGCUACCCAAUAUUGGCUACGCGGCGAGUCUCAGUGGCCAAAAUGAAGCGUCUCAGUUCUUUGAUGAUCAGGUCAAUGAUGGAGGCAUUUCUAGAACAGAGACUGAAAAGUAUAGGACGUGGCGAUCGCAGUAUGAAAAUGUCUACAAGAAGUUUGUCGGCGACUAUAUUGAUCAAAGACCACCACACCCCGUCAAAAUCGCCAUCCUCGACACAGGCAUCGACAGAGACCAUCCCUACUUGGAAGUAUAUGAGGAUAACAUCAAGGGCAAGAAGAACUUCCAUAAUGCUGCUCAGAAGAAUGUGCCGGAUACGAAUGGGCACGGGACAUUCGCUGCAAACCUGAUUCUUGACUAUGCAAGAGAUUCGCAUUUGUAUAUCGUCAAGAUCGCGGAUAAGAAGAACGCGACGCCUAAUGCCGCUAUUGUGGCGAACGCGAUAUACCAUGCCGUUGACAAGUGGGAAGUAGACAUCAUCUCGAUGUCAUUCGGCUGGCCCUCCUCCGAUGUGGAUGGCUACGAUGCUCUCCAAGAUGCUAUUGAUCAUGCGUACUCUAAGAAAAUCCUCAUGUUCGCUGCUGCCUCCAAUAGCGGCGCUCGACUAGGAAGAGCAUAUCCAGCGAGUAACCCGCAUGUUAUUUGCGUACAUUCAACAGAUACGAACGGCGAAGCGUCAGGCUUUAGUCCAACGGCCGAGCCAAACUCUAUCAACCUCGCAACAGUAGGCGAGUCCAUCGAGUCAGCAUGGCCAACACUUCUAUGUGAAGAUUCAAACAGCCUCAAAUCUCGAUCAGGAACAUCAUACGCCACGCCUAUCAUGGCAGGCAUUGCAGCAUUUCUAUUGCAAUAUGCUCGUCUUCAUCUGCCAAAGAAUCAGGCUCUGGCUUUGAAGAGGAGAGAGAAGAUGGAGGCUUUGUUGAGGAGAUGCGCGAUUAGAGGACCGAACUAUAAACCACGGGAUGACUACUUUUAUGUUCAUCUUAGUUUGCAUAAGCAUAAUCUGUUCGGAGGGGACUUGGAAUGGGUGAAUUAUGAGAUUUCAAGAACAUUGAAAACGUGAUAGCGUAGCAAUACAUGAUACCAUUUGAACUGCAGA